CGCGACGGUAGUAAUGGCGAUGGGGCUGGCACAUCGCAUGAUUGACCAGCGACCACGAGCAUUGGAGGAAGCGAAGAACGGAUGGGUCACCAUCCUUCUCGUCGGCGUAGGUGCCGCUCUCGUCGUCGGUAUCAUUAUCGUCUUCUUCUUCAAGCGAUGUCAGCGACGCAAGCCGCCACAGUUUGAGGACUUCGUCGAUCCGUACGGUCAGAUGGACGCAAUCCAGCGCCGCCCGUCUGUCAAAUCUACCGCGCAAGUCAUGAUUGGAGGGACGCAGAACUCGCGCUUCCAGCACUUGACGUUUGAGAACGACCAAGACAACUCGGUCCAUCCGUCCUCUUCUGCGUCGUCUUCGGCAAUUCCACGUCCAACACCGUCGACAUACGAAGACAACCAACGGCGGUACAGACAGUCAUCUCGCGUCGCUCUUUUCGAGGAACAGGGUGCGCUUGCGACGACUCCUGCGAUCACGCCUGUCUCGACUAAGUCUCAGUCCCGAUUUGCGAUCUCGUCGGCGACAUCGCCUCCCCGACCAACACCGCCGAACUCGUCGGUGAAUCGAAUCGAGUUGCCCGUUGCAGAGCAACGUAUCGAAGGCUUUCGACCACCAAAGCAACCCAAGCCAUCCACCAAAGCGCCGUCGUCGAAAGAGUCAUCUGGCUCGUCCUCUCGUAGCAAACCGACCUCUGCCGAAGCCCGAGCGGCGAGAAAAGCGCAACUGAUUUCUCAAAUCGGCGGCUCAGGGAUGGCCAACAACAUGAAAAUGAUUCAAUCUACGUGGCAGGCGAAGGACUCGACUGACGAUGUCAAAUGCACCACGAAGCCCGACGUGAUCAAGUUUCCCACUCCUCCUCGCCCGACCGCUUCCGCCGCACGUUUCCACGUCCAGACCACAUCUUUGUUUGGCGCCCACAUGCACAGCCAGGAGGAUGACCAACAGUAUGUGACCGAUGCAAACCAGCCAGAUGACACACUGCCGUUGGGAGCCGAGGCAGGGUCGUAUGCUCGCAAUAUGCACAAGAAACAGCUCAUUCAGCUCCUACCGAAUCCACUGUCCCAAACACAAGGUAUGGGCGAAGACACGCGGUACCUGACAGUCGCCAACAACCCAGACGACACAUUGCCACUCGGGGCGGAGGCUGGGACGUAUCGGCAAAAGGCCGCGUUGCUGCAAACGUUGCAAGCGCCCCCGUCCACCAUCAGCCACCACAGCAAUGGCUCGAGGAGCCACUGCGAACACGCUUCAGUGGACCCGAGGGAUGAGUACCGGCCAUUUGAAGAUUACACAGCGUACGAAACCUCCCACGCGUACGACUCGAUGCCCCUAGGUGCUGAAGCUGGGCAGUACCACCAAUUCCUUGAGAAUCAAAAAAAGCAGCACCAACAUAAGGCCCAACAGAUUCAGCAAUUGGGCAGGUGAGCACCGAGUUGCUCCAGACCAACCCCAGCAACGAAAGCAACGAUUCAAUCCAGACGUCGUCGUGGUUUUGCGCACAUUUCCCAUUUUUGGCAAACCCCGAAACCCUAGUACUCUAUCAUGUGGGAUAAAUGAAUGCUCAUUUAAUUUUGACAAUCAUCGAG